AUGAACCCAGGAACACACCAGCGGACAGGUGCCUGAAGGUGGCGCUUCAGUCGCAGAAUCAUGGGGUGUAGUUGUCACAGGCUCUGCAGCAGGCACAACCAGGCCUGUGAGGGGCAGGGCAGCUGCUGCCCUUGCCCUGUCUUGGCAGGGUGGGAGCAGGGAGGACACCAGGGUGGUGUCCGAGGAGAAGACUGUCUCUGGAGCCCCGCCAUAGGAGCCAACCUGGCUUCUAUGACCUCACAGGAGGCAUGAGUGACUGUCCUCUGUGGGGCCCAGGUCCAGUCAGAGGCCAGAGCCAGACCCCUAGGGCAGAAGACAAAUGGCUCCCAAGGAGCCGGGAGAUUAGGCAGCUCCAUGUAGGUCCACAUUUAAGUUGGGAGGCCUCACCAUGAAGAAGGGCAAAAAGAAAAGGACAGAGGCCAAACGCAGCCGAGAUUUCAACACACCGCCUGCUACCAUUGACUCCCUCUCACAGCAGCCCAGCCCUGAAUCCAGCUCACAGCAGCCUAGUAUUGAAUCCAGCUCACCACAGCAUAGCUCUGACUCUACUCCACAGCAUCCUAGCCUUGAAACCACCCCCCAGCAGCCUGCCGCCCAAACCGUUCCAUCUUCUGAAAAAUGCCACUCCUCUGGGCGCCUGGUACCUUCAAAAGCUGACCAAAAAGCAGCCCCUCAAUCCAGAAAAACAGGGCCUCAGCUGCAUCUGGCCCUGCAUACCUGCUCCUGUGCCCUGUGCCCUGGCAGGUCCACUUGCUGGUGUCGUCUGGGGCUAUGCCAUAGCCGCAUCUUCGGUAUCCUUCUGCCUCGGGACUGGCAGAUCGUGCCAGGGAGAGGAUUCCCAAACCUUCUCACCUUCUACAGAAGACCUAGAAGAAAACUCUCCACUCAACGUAUCCCAUGUCUUCCAAGCCCUUGGGACUGUUGCUGUGGCUCUGGGGGCCCUGGGAGCUGCCUACUACAUCACUGAAUCUCUGUGAACAAUCCCCCAGCCCCACGGUCUGGCAGAUCCAGUUUCCAUCAAAGGAUCUCACUUGUCACCAAAAUAAAGAAAGAACAAAAAAAAAGAAAAAAGAAUUCUCUAUUGUGUUUUACUCAGAGACAUAAAAGAUGGACUUUGCAAAUGGGUAGGGAGG